UCAGAUUACUCUCUGGUAAUACUGUUCGAUGCCUGUGAGUCUUCUGUAGUCCUCUACCAUUUUUCAUGUGAUCGUCCAUUGGAUUUUUCACACACCAAGAUUUGUGCACGACGAUCAUUGUCUUAAAUUCUUCGACUAGAACGUAUACUUGAACAUGCUUCAAAGACUAGCUGGGAUUUUAGGACAUACAAAACAAGGGGUCCACUUGCUAAAUACAUCUCGUUACAACAAUGCUGCUAGUAAUGGAUAUCGUGCAGCAGGACAAUGGGCUCGCAAUGUUAAUGGCGGGGUCGGCAACAAUUUGCAAAAGCCCGACUGGCAGUACGAAAAUCUAAAACCACUAAAGAAAGACUUCUAUAACAUACAUCCAAAUGUACUGGCACGUAGUGCCCAGGAGAUUGAAUUGUACAGACAGAAGAAGCAGAUUACUGUAAAGGGUGACAAAGUUCCCGAUCCUAUCCAGUACUUUGAGGAGGGUAACUUUCCUGAAAAUAUUAUGAAUGCCAUGAUCAACAAGUUUGGCUUCCAAGAGCCGACUGCGAUUCAAGCUCAAGGUUGGCCGAUUGCUAUGUCUGGGUACAACAUGGUAGGCAUAGGGCAAACAGGCUCGGGAAAGACUCUAGGUUACAUUUUGCCCGCCAUUGUGCACAUUAACGCUCAAGAACGCUUGAAUCAUGGUGAUGGCCCGAUCGCGUUAAUUCUCGCCCCGACCAGAGAGCUCGCACAACAGAUUCAAUCAGUGACGACCGAUUUCGGUUCUUUGUCGUAUGUGAGAAGCACCUGUAUCUUCGGUGGUGCGCCCAGGGGUGGUCAAGCGCGCGAUCUACGUCGUGGUGUAGAGAUUUGUAUUGCUACACCUGGGCGUCUGAUCGAUUUCCUAGAACAGGGCACGACCAACCUGCGAAGGUGUACGUACUUGGUGCUGGACGAAGCUGAUCGUAUGCUGGACAUGGGCUUCGAGCCUCAAAUUCGCAAGAUUAUCGAGCAAAUUAGGCCAGAUCGGCAGGUUCUCAUGUGGUCUGCCACGUGGCCGAAAGAGGUGCGCACUCUCGCGAAAGAAUAUCUAAAGAACUAUGUUCAACUGAACAUUGGGUCGCUGACGUUAGCUGCCAAUCAUGAUAUUCUUCAAAUUGUCGAAGUCUGCGAGGAAUACGAGAAGGAAGCCAAAUUGAAGACUUUACUGGAAAAUAUCCACGAUGCUAACGAGGAUAGUAGCAAGAUUAUAAUUUUUGUAGAAACAAAGAAAAAGGUGGAGAGCAUUACGAGAAGUAUCCGUCGUUUUGGUUGGCCUGCGGUAUGCAUUCAUGGCGACAAGUCGCAACAUGAGAGAGAUUUUGUCCUUAGAGAAUUCAGAAAUAAGAAAAGUUCCAUUCUUGUUGCAACUGACGUUGCUGCUCGUGGUCUUGAUGUCGACGAUGUGAAGUAUGUAAUCAACUUCGAUUAUCCAUCCUCGUCCGAAGAUUAUAUCCAUAGGAUCGGCAGAACUGGCCGCUCAGGAAACACGGGGACAAGUUAUGCCUUAUUCACGCCGCAAAAUGCCCGUCAAGCGAGAGAUUUGAUAAACGUGCUCAAAGAAGCUAAACAAGAGGUCAAUCCUCAACUAAUUAAAUUUGCGAUGAACAGUGGUGGCGGCGGUGGCGGAUAUGGCAACAGGAAUCGUUGGGGAUACGGUAAUCGUGGGAGAGAGACUGUUUUCCGCGGUACACAUAAGAGAUUCGAUACUAACAGAAUAUCCAAUUACAAUAGAUGAUCUCACAUUUAGACGAAUUAGUUCUAAAAGGCGAAUAAAGCCUUUAUUUACAGUAUCAAUUUGAUGUAAUGCCACUCGAUAUAAUCUUCACGUGUCAUAAUCUACGUUUUUGCACGUUGCAACUGUAGUUGCCCCGCCGUCGUGUAACAGUCGUAACAAUUCUCUAAUAGUUUACCGAAUGACAGCGUGAAGUUACUCGUGCACUCGUUAUACGGCCAGCAUUGCUACGUGUUUCUCGCGAUAUAAAUGUUAUAUAUUGUCUACGUGCGUUAAGCUACAUGAACGCCUUAACACUUACUUGGGUUACUUUUCUUAUGACUUUCAACUUUAGACAAGGUAUGCGCAAGGUUGAAAAUCAUCACAAGUAGUCCUAAGUACGAUGUUAAGACAUAUGCUGCCUGAUGUAUCAUUACAUAUUCAUAUGACUCGUACGAAUGGGAACGUUGCGUAUUGCAUAUUAGCACAAGUGUAAGAUGAAAGGACUCGUUAUAUAGAUUGAACAGCUAUAAACGAAGUAAAAAGAAGAAGAAAAAAAAGAAGAAGAAGAGAGUGCAAUACAAUUUGCGAGUGACAAAUAUAAAAUCUUGGUUUGCGCGAGUGCAUAGUUGAAAAACGAUCCUAUAUGCGGAUAAUAAAAGGUAGCUAUCGAACAGUCUUGAUGUUAUGAAGACAAUAUACGAUGUAGAGUCAUUUCUGAAAAUUUUGCACCCCUAUAAUUCUGGGCCAGGCAUUACAUUUUACUGUAUUAACCGCGUUUUAGUUUACCAUUCCCAAGGAAUUUUUGAAAUGUUCUUUUUUUAUCAUUUUUCGUCAUCUAGAUCGGCUAGAUUGAUUUCGAAUAGUACAAACGUGUUCGCUAAACGGUCAUCACUUUCUCCAGUAUACUAAAAACCACUUUGUAAAAUAUGAGCGAACGUAACUUUGCGAGGAAUGCCGUUCAGCCGAAGCUUUGAUCCGUUGGUAGGGAGACACGAGACGCUAAUAUUUUUGCAAAACCGAUUUUCGCUGAACGCAACCACCGGGUUACGUUGUCUUCCUGGCUGAAUUACGUUUUUGUUUAAUUAAAUCUCGAUAUUCGUACACAGCGACGCAUACGAGAUCGGAAUUAGUUUCUUGUGGCAUAUAUGCUAGUUCGAGUUGCACAAAAUUUAUUUAUCAUUAAGUUUAUUUAUUGGAGAUGAAUGAGAUAAUAUAUAAAACAUGACAGGAGAGCGGUUAUAAGAGCUAAUUGAUCAAUUAGUUAGUAGCGGAAUCAGUUGCUCCUUUUUGUCUUUAAUCAAACAAUCAAUCGGUUCGAGUAACAAGGGAGAGUAUGAAUCGCAGAUUCUGUGCGUGAAUGUCCAUGACAAACACCGAAUGUAAGUUGUUGUUAAUUGAAAUCGAAUGUUUUCACCCAUUUUCUUUUGAGUCUCCUUAAUGUUACGCAAAACUAAUUAAAAUUGAAACAGUCCAAGAACACAAUUCAAUAUCUCCUUGUAAAAUAAAAAGUAUAAUUAUA